AUGGUUUCUUUUAGCAUCAUCGGCUUAGCGGCCGCUUUGACUAUACUCGCAUCUCCCAUUGUCGCUACCCCUGCACCACAAUUCAGACCAAACUCAGGUUGUCGGCUCAUUAGUAAGACUUCAGGACCAUCCCCUGAAUGUAGAUUGCCAACCGCAGAAUGCGGCUUUGGUCAAUAUGUAGGGCGCACUGAAGGAGGAAGCACAAAUACUGCUCCUGGGAUCUGCAAGGCCUGGACUAAUUGGGAGUGCUGCACGCGAAGCUAG